AGGGGCGGUGCGGGCGGGAGGUUUCCCCUUCAUAGGGCGACUUCACAACCUUCCGAGCACCUGGAGAGAGGGCAAAAGGCAGAAUUAACCCCUGCGAAAGGCAGAGGGGUUGGAGCCGUGUAAGCGUGAGGAGGGGCUGAGGUGUUUAAGCAGGUGGGUCAAACUGCAGCAAGUAUUUAGGAAGACCAAGGUGGCAGAGAGCAGAGACCCGUCUGUCGUCUCAUUGUUUGUUUGUUUAUUCCUCCUCCUCACGGCUUUCGCUCCCUCCUCCUCCCCCUUAAAUCUAGGGACCAUUCACGCCUCUUACAAAUGAGACUUGGGCGAUGCUGAGAGAAGAGCGUGUUGCAUGGCGUGUGCGUGUGUGCAUGCAGGCGCGGGGGUAAGAUCCUCGAUUCUCAGCAUUUGCCUGUGAUCAGAAGAAAACAGGAUGUGCCCAUAGCUGGAGGAGUGACAAUGCGAGCCGAGCAGGGCUCACCUGCUGGUGAUCUUUGCAGAGGCAUUUGAGGAUUAUUCAGCUCAAGACGGUCUGUGUGAGGAAUGCUAUCUCUGCCGUGCUGAAAAAAGGAGGUGCCUACCCCUACCGGUCUUGAUUGCUGCCACUGAAAGGACUGUUUUGCCGCCACCGGAGGAAGAAGAGAUUGCUGCCACCCACAAGGUUAUGAGGAUUAUGAUCACAUUUACAGCUCUGCAUCGCUAUCUACUUGGAGAUGAUGAUGACACCUUAGAGAAAACAUGCAAACUCCUGAUUAACCAGCAUUCUACUCUGUUUAUCCAAAAAAAUUGAUAACUGCUUUUGACCAACUCAAUUUUGUUCAAUCAUGUUGUCUCUACCAGCCUAAACCAUUUCCUAAAAUGGUCCUUUUGCUGUUCCUUGCAAUCCUAUUAUUGAAGGAAGAUGUCUGUGGGAACUUCAGGCUUUUGGUUUCUGCACAGGCCAAUGAAAGAAGGGUGGUUGCACACAUGCCUGGUGAUAUUAUCAUUGGAGCUCUGUUUUCUGUCCACCACCAACCAACAGUUGACAAAGUUCAUGAGAGGAAAUGUGGAGAGGUAAGAGAGCAGUAUGGCAUUCAGAGAGUGGAGGCAAUGCUACAUACCCUUGACAGAAUUAAUUUGGACCCAACACUGUUGCCAAAUAUAACACUAGGAUGUGAAAUAAGGGACUCUUGCUGGCAUUCUGCUGUGGCUCUGGAGCAAAGCAUUGAGUUUAUAAGGGACUCUCUUAUUUCAUCAGAAGAAGAGGAAGGGAUGGUGCGAUGUGUAGAUGGAUCUUCAUCAUCUUUCCACUCCAAGAAACCCAUUGUUGGUGUCAUUGGCCCUGGCUCUAGCUCAGUUGCUAUCCAGGUCCAGAACUUAUUGCAGCUUUUCAAUAUACCUCAGAUUGCUUAUUCUGCCACAAGCAUGGACCUAAGCGACAAAACUCUGUUCAAGUAUUUUAUGAGAGUUGUACCAUCUGAUGCACAGCAAGCACGGGCUAUGGUGGACAUUGUCAAGCGCUAUAACUGGACCUAUGUUUCAGCUGUACACACUGAAGGAAACUAUGGUGAAAGUGGAAUGGAAGCAUUCAAAGAUAUGGCGGCCAAGGAAGGGAUCUGCAUUGCACAUUCCUACAAGAUCUAUAGCAAUGCUGGCGAGCAGAGCUUUGACAAGUUACUGCGGAAGCUUCGGAGCCACCUGCCCAAGGCAAGAGUGGUUGCCUGUUUCUGUGAAGGCAUGACUGUGAGAGGGCUCUUAAUGGCUAUGAGGCGCCUGGGACUUGCUGGAGAAUUUUUGCUGCUGGGAAGUGAUGGCUGGGCAGACAGGUACGAUGUGACAGACGGGUAUCAGCGUGAAGCUGUUGGUGGAAUAACAAUCAAGCUCCAGUCUCCUGAUGUUAAAUGGUUUGAUGAUUACUACUUGGAGCUUCGGCCAGAAACCAAUCACCGAAAUCCAUGGUUUCAGGAAUUUUGGCAGCACAGGUUCCAGUGCCGUCUGGAAGGGUUUCCUCAAGAGAAUCCUAAAUACAACAAGACUUGCACAAGCCAGAUGACACUGAGGACGCAGCACGUUCAGGACUCCAAGAUGGGCUUUGUAAUCAACGCAAUAUACUCAAUGGCUUACGGCCUCCACAACAUGCAGCUGUCGCUGUGUCCAGGCUAUGUGGGCCUUUGUGAUGCCAUGAAGCCCAUAGAUGGACGAAAGCUGCUGGAGUCCCUCAUGAAGACCAACUUUACUGGAGUCUCUGGGGACAUGAUCUUGUUUGAUGAGAAUGGUGACUCGCCAGGAAGAUAUGAAAUCAUGAAUUUUAAGAAAAUGGGGAAGGACUACUUUGACUAUAUCAAUGUUGGCAGCUGGGACAACGGUGAGCUGAAAAUGGAUGAUGAUGAAAUAUGGUCAGAAAAAAAUAAUAUCAUCAGAUCUGUCUGCAGUGAGCCCUGUGAAAAAGGACAGAUAAAGGUGAUUCGUAAAGGAGAAGUGAGUUGCUGCUGGACAUGCACUCCUUGUAAAGAGAACGAAUAUGUCUUUGAUGAAUACACGUGCAAGGCCUGCCAGCUCGGCUCCUGGCCCAAUGAUGAGCUUACAGGUUGUGACCUCAUCCCAGUCCAGUAUCUCAGAUGGGGUGAUCCUGAACCAAUUGCAGCAGUUGUUUUUGCGUGCCUGGGUCUGCUGGCAACCUUGUUUGUUACGGCUAUAUUCAUAAUGUAUCGUGAUACUCCAGUGGUCAAAUCUUCCAGCCGAGAACUUUGUUACAUCAUUCUAGCUGGCAUCUGCUUGGGUUACUUGUGCACUUUCUGUCUCAUCGCAAAACCUCAACAGAUUUACUGCUAUCUUCAACGAAUUGGCAUUGGUCUCUCCCCAGCUAUGAGUUAUUCUGCUUUAGUCACUAAAACCAACCGCAUUGCAAGAAUCCUGGCUGGCAGCAAGAAGAAAAUUUGUACAAAGAAACCUAGAUUCAUGAGUGCCUGUGCCCAACUUGUUAUUGCAUUUAUCUUGAUAUGUAUACAAUUAGGCAUAAUUGUUGCCCUCUUUAUAAUGGAGCCACCUGAUAUAAUGCAUGAUUAUCCAAGCAUCCGAGAGGUCUACUUGAUUUGUAACACCACCAACUUGGGUGUUGUAACCCCCCUUGGAUACAAUGGAUUAUUAAUUUUGAGUUGCACCUUUUAUGCAUUUAAGACAAGAAAUGUCCCAGCUAAUUUCAAUGAAGCAAAGUAUAUUGCCUUUACAAUGUAUACCACCUGCAUCAUUUGGCUGGCUUUUGUGCCAAUAUAUUUUGGAAGCAACUACAAGAUAAUCACCAUGUGUUUCUCAGUGAGUCUGAGUGCCACGGUGGCCCUUGGUUGCAUGUUUGUGCCCAAGGUCUACAUCAUCCUUGCUAAGCCUGAAAGGAAUGUACGCAGCGCAUUCACCACAUCGACUGUGGUCCGCAUGCACGUAGGGGAUGGGAAGUCAUCUUCGGCUGCAAGCCGCUCAAGCAGCCUGGUGAACCUGUGGAAAAGAAGGGGAUCAUCUGGUGAAACACUUAGGUACAAAGGCAGGAGACUGGCCCCGCACAAGUCGGAAAUAGAGUGUUUCACCCCAAAAGGGAGUAUGGGGAAUGGUGGGAGAGCUACAAUGACCAGUGAAGAAUCUGUUUGCAUUCCAGAAUGUAAUCGAUCUGAGUCAAGUAGAGAUGAGAAAGAGGUUCCUGUUAAAGAGGAUGCCCUAACAGGCAAAAAGACUGGAAACUGUGUCAGUCUAAUAGUGCCACAGCAAGACUGUCAGCUGCAAGACCUACUCAAACACUCUAAUGGGAAAUCAGUUUCCUGGGCCCAGAACGAGAAAAGCAGCAGAGGGGCGCACCUUUGGCAGCGGUUGUCAAUCCACAUCAACAAAAAAGAAAACCCCAAUCAAACUGCAGUGAUCAAGCCUUUUUCUAAAAGCACAGAUAGUAGCCGACAUAGUAGCAGCGCUACAUUUCCUGAGACCAGUGCCAAAACGCUUUACGACGUUUCAGAAGCAGAAGAGCAAUACCCAGCUCAGUACCGACCGCAGACUCCCUCGCCUAUCAGCACCGUGAGCCACAGAACUGCCUCCGUUAGCCGAACAGAAGAUGAUGCCCCUACCUUCCAGUCUGAGCCUCCACAGCGAAGUAGCUCCUCGCAAGGCUCCCUCAUGGAGCAGAUCAGUAGCGUGGUUACUCGUUUUACAGCCAACAUCAGUGAGCUGAACUCUAUGAUGCUUUCAACAGCCACUCCAGGGACAAUGGUGGCCACUCCUCUCUGCUCUUCAUACCUGAUCCCACGAGAAAUCCAGCUCCCCACAACAAUGACAACGUUUGCAGAAAUCCAGCCACUUCCUUCCAUUGAAGUCAAUGGCGCUUCCCAGUCAGCUAGGAAACAAUCAAAUGGCAGCGUCAAAGAAGGCACUGCAGAAACCCCAUCAGCAAAGCAAGACCUUGAGGAGCUGGUAGCUUUAACUCCUCCUUCUCCUUUUAGAGACUCCAUCGACUCUGGAAGUGCAUCUCCCAGCUCUCCGGUUUCCGAAUCAGCUCUCUGUAUCCCAUCUUCCCCAAAGUACGACACACUCCUCAUCAGAGAUUACACUCAAAGUUCUUCUUCGCUGUGAAUGUAGUUCAAGACAACUUUGGAUCUCGACGACUACAAGCAAGUAGUGGGGGGACAGCCAAGACUUCAAGAUCUCCAGUGUUUACGCAGAUAGAGUGAGGGGCAUUGGGUCAUCUUGUGAGAAACAGAGGAAGAAGUGGAGUUGCUUGAUCAGUGGAAACAUCAGAUUAAUGAUGAUGUUCUAAAAUGACUCUUGGCAGAUUAUCGUGGCCUUAAAAAAACAUGGGCUUUUCAAAAACACUGAAUCUAUUUUUGAGGGCUUAUAAGGAGUCUGUUAAAUCAGUUACAUACCAAGUGCUUUGCUUUAGUAUUACAACGAACUGUGUGUACAAUAUGUGAAUGGGGGGGGAACAAGAUUGUAAACAACUGUACAGUGGUUUGUUUGUUUACUCUGAUUCCUUACCCAGAAGUGAACCUUGAUCUUUUAUCAAGAAUAGAAGACCAAACAUUGAAUGUACAUUUUCUAAGAGACUCAAAUCUAGGACCAACCUAUCGAGUUUUCUUUUUUUUUCUAUGAAGAUCUCAAAAAGCAGCAAUCUAUGUUCAAUAACUAUCAAACUUUUUGCUGAAGCGUAUUGUGUCUGUGAUACGUUACACAUGGAUAACACUAAGCUGAGGCUUUGCAGUGAGUGACUGCGAUACGGAGGGCUUUACAAGUGACUUCUCAACCUACACAUUUGUUUAUGAAAUUCUCUUCUACCAGUAUAUAAAAAAAAUCAAUUUGUUAACAUUGGAUUCACCUUCACAGCAACAAAACCCAAGGAAGAUUUCCUGACUAUUUCACCAUGAUGCCAACUAAUAAUGAAGUAGCAAAAAAAUAUUUUCUGGAGUACUGUUUUGUAAUUCCCUUAUCAGGGCAAGUUGUUGAGGUGAAUAUUCUCUUUCUAGCAGCACUACCAAGCUAUAUCAUAGCUGCAUUCCCUACUGAAAUUAACACAUUUUUAUGGGUGUUCUUAUGCUAACAUUGCCAGUUAUAACACUUAUUCGGGCUCCCUUAGUCUUUGCUCGCAAGGAACAGGUAAACACUGUAAGGAUUUUCUCCAUGUUUUUGAAUGACAGUAUUCUAAGUGAUCAAUCUGUAUUAUGAUGAAUGCUAACUGUCAAUGGAAAGGUUGUCAUAAUCAUAAUUUAUAUGUAGAGAAAAAAACUGUGUAAAAAUCUGCUUAGAGGUGGUUUAGCUACUCUUUAAUAAGCAACAAUUUUAACUUUAUUUAGCUGCCGAUGCCUUGCAGCUAUGAACUGUGACAAAGAAAAAAAAAAAGACUUUCAAAGCAAUACAGAGUAAAGGUUAAAGCAGAGAAGGCCUAAUGAGAUAUGAGCGAACAGUCUUUGUUUCUUAGCAACUCACAGAAGAGCAAGGGGAUUACUGGUAUUUUUUCCUAUAUCAAGGUAAUACAGUUUAGUGCACUUCAUACUGUCAUGGCACUUUUGAAUAAAGGCAAGGAAGGGAUUUACAGUUUGAAUAGAAGUUAAAUAAUUUUUUAAUAGGUGUAGUUACGUAGAGCACGUAAGUCAGGCCCUAAACGCACACUGUGUUGGCUCUCUCCUUUGUGACAGCUGUCCUUGGGUGCCAAACUUUUAUUGGUUUGUUUUAUUUUAUUUAAGGAUAGUAUGAAGUGACGAGUGUUGUACUUCAGUUCAAAGUUGAGUUGAUACAGCCUUAUAAGAAGACAGCUUAAUGGAAAAGAGUCUUGAAAACAGGCUUCUGUGCUUGAUUUUCAAAAAGCUUAGAUUUUAUUUCUUCAAAAAUAAUUAAUAUUUUGUAAUAAAAAUCCAUACCCCUUUUCUCUCCUCCAUGCCCCAAAUAACAAACAUUUGAUUUUAGAAAAGAAAGCAUACUGCGUGAUUCACGUACUUUAGCAAAGAGCAUUUUUUGUUCCCUUUAUUAAUUUCACCACUAUGCUGCACUGCAAUUUGCUUUUAAAUAGCAUUAAAAAAAGAGUGUAGAUGAGCAAAACCAGGCUCACAACUCGCAGAGGUGCCCUAAGAACCCUGUACACCCUUGUGCAAGUUGGUGUUAUCCAAUAUCAAGUGUAUGGGCAUGUUUAUUUUACCAGUUACAGUCACUUACUAGCUAUGCCUGUAGCAUGAACAGGCAGGUCACAACUCAGCUCUAUUCCAGGAGAUACACCAAGCUAUGAUUGUAGGUCCUUCCUUCUUACAUAUAGUUCUUGCCUACUCUCAAAACUGGUUAGCACAGACUCAGUUCUAUGAAGCAGUAAGGUUUCCAGACAGGAGCUUGCUGUUACCUUCCUGGUUCAUAGUACUAGCAUGUCUCAUCCUUUACUAGAUGCACAUGUCUUUAGGAGAAAGCAUCUUCUUUCACAGGUUACAACCCACAUUUCAGGAAAGGGCAUGUCCAAUCAGCCUAUGGCACAAGUAUUCUUACUCAGCGAGUUUAGACCACUUAAAUAUUGUUCUUGGAAGAUUUAUAUAAUAAUGUAUGUUUCCCAUUGGUGCAAUAUUGUUUUGAUAUGUGUGGAGUGUGAUGAGACAAAUGUGAAUGUCAAAGGGAUUCUAUUACUAUACAUUCUCUUAUACUUUAAGCUAUUGACCAACAUCAUUAUUAGAUCCUCCUCUAACAUGAACUUUCCUCAGCAUUAUAGGUACUCAUUUCUGUACUCUUAUGUUGGUUGAUGCAUAUUAAUGUAUACCUGCUAAAAUGUGUGAGCUUCAUUGCACUGUGAAAUAAUGAACAGUAGAAAUAUCUUAAAAUGAGUAGAAAGGAAUGAGAAAUAGAAACUGUCAAAGCAUGACUCAGCAUAAACAUACCUCAUCUACUCCCAAAUUGCAGUUCUGCACAAUGCUGACCACAGCUAUUGCUCAGAUUCUUGAAGACUUUUGUCUGUAUCGCCAAGAUGAUAUAUUCAUGCACUUGUGUGUGCAAACACACACUUACACAAAACACUUAAUUUAACAUCUGUGUUUGGAGGCUAAAACUAUAGUGUUAAACUAUCCAACACUUGCUUAUUUUCACUUUGGAAGGAGUCAUGCAUCCUCUGUGUGCAUCAUCCAGAACAAAACUUUUAAUGGCAAAAAGAACCCAGGACGAGACCUGCUGCAAUAGUACCUCUCAGUUAUCAGCCUAUCUUCAGCAGAAGUUAGGUCAGCAUUAUCAAGAUAUAAAGAAGGCAGAACACAUUUUAAUUGUACAGGCUGGAAUGUGACAACGUUACCUUACAAGGUUUUUGGGUGACAGAGAGAACUCUUCUGUAAUGACCGUAGUUGUAAUAAGCUUCAUGGGGGAUUUGCCAAACUGGAAAGUCCUGUAAAAGAAACCAGAGGGCUUGAUAAGAGAAAGAAGAAUGUUAUGGGAUAUUAUAAUUUCAUUAAGCUGUUUAUAUGCUACUCUCCUUUACAGACAUUAAGAUAUAACUGCAGUUUUUCAGCCAUAAGAGUAAAGGUUACCAUUGCAAACACUUUCCAGUACCAAAUGUCUUGAAAUUGUAUAUAAUGGUUUAGUUCUGCCAGAAAGGAUAUCAAGAGGUUGCAUCCAUUGUCAUUCUUGACCACAAGGAUCUCAGGAGAUCUUGUUUCUUUUGUGCUUGAGGCUAACCCUGAAGAUUAAAGGUGUAAGCAUCUUUGGAAGCUACACUUUCGAAAUAAAGUGAAUCACUCUGGCAGGCUCAUUGUGAAGAAGUGCUAGCAAUACUGUAAAAGAACAAUAUUUUUCAAUUAGCUCUGAAGAGUGAUUGCAUUAAUUUGGAUAUGUGCUUCCUUGUACUUCUCUCUGAACAUUUGGUGCCUAAAUCAAUACAAAUACUUCAGACUAGAGAUUCUUAUAUCAUGGUCUACAAAGCACUUGUUGAUGUUUCAUGGGAGUCUGGUUGGUCACAAAAUGCUGUUUUCUUCUUUUGAUUCUCAGCUACGAAACUAAAUUAAAAGUUAACUGAUAAUUUAAAAAUAUGUGUUAAAACUUUUAAAAGAAAAAAUAAAUAGCUUGUUUGGAUUUUAUUCAGUUUCUGCAUUUGGAAAAGGAACAAUUUGUGAUUAAAAAAAAAAAAAAAAAAAAAAAAGUGGGA